CGAAAAUACAACCUCAGAGCAUCUGUGUGUAGGAAAAUAUCAAAGCAAAUGACAAUAUUUAAUUAUAAUUGUAGACGGUUUCAUUAGUACUGUUUAGUUUAACGAAAAUAUUGGUGAAAUAAUUUUACUAUGGGAAGUAUUGAGAAGGCUUGCAUUUCCGGAUUUCUUUGCCGCCUAUGCUCAGAAAUGCACAGAACCGUCAUUCACAUCUAUGGAGAUCAUGGUCAGCGGUUAUGUCUUGUUGAGAAAAUCAAUGGAUACUUGCCAAUCACCAUAUCACCAACUGAUCCAUUACCUAAAACAAUCUGUAAAACUUGCUUAUAUCGGGUUGAACAGCAUUAUACACUUUUAAUGAGACUUACACGCAUGAGAGAAGAACGCAAGCUAAAGUUGUUGGGCUACAAACCGCAAAGGGAAACAGAUAAUUUUUCAAUAUCUAGUGUCGAAUGUUCUGAUGACGAGGAACCCUCAUCCACGGGAAAUAACGAUUCUUCCAACUCAGCAGCUAGUAAAUCGAGCUCUACAACUAAGUCCACAACUUCAAAUAGAAAUAGAACUACAAACAGUAGUAGUUUAGUUAGCGCAAGUACAAGUUAUGAUCAGGGUUUAUCCAGCGUUACUACCAUUGCAUCCAGUGCUGCAGAACUUGGACCUCAAGAGCUAUAUCCAACGACUUAAAACCCAAGUACAUUUAAUUUGUUAACCUAAUCAAACAUAAUAUUCAUAUGUACGUAUAAUUCAUAAAUUAAUUUAAAUAAUGUAUACAAGUAUGGCAUCUAUGUACGUCUAGGAUAAACACUUUUUUACAUACACAUAUGUUUAUGUAUUUUAUCUGAUUUGGAAAAGAUUAGUUGUGACACGCUAAAGCCAUCGUCAAAUGUUUUUUUUUUUUUAGUUUUUGACUUAGCACCGGUUCUUUAAUUUUAAGUUUUAGCCUCUUAAAUUGAAUUGUGAUAUCAAAUGAUUCUAAAUGUUUUAAAACUAUUAAAAUCAGAGGGCAUAUUAA